UGACUACGUUGUGAAACAAUUGCAGCCAAUGGCAGAGAGUGAGUCAGGCAACAGGAAAUCAGAUGAACAUUUGGGUUUUUUCUCACAUUUUCCACUUGACACACAAACAGCGUGCGGUUGGAGUAACCACGCAGAGUCCGAGCUGCGUCCGGACAUGACAGAGUCUCCUCAAACAGGGACGACGUUUGCGGGAAGUGAGCCAUAAAGCGAAGAAUGUAAAAGACGGACACGAUGUGCUCCACGGAAAACAACGCGGAGCUACAAGCGACAUCGUCCGACCCGGCACUUAUCCUGGAGCUGAAGACCAGGCGCCCACCGUCUCUGGAGGGCCGGGCGGGAUGUGAGACCUGGAGCGUGGACUUCUCCCCGGACGGAGGCUGGUUCGCCUGGUCCAUGGGACACGGGAUUGUGUGGGUGGUCGCCUGGCCUCUUGACUCCGAAGACAGUCAGGAUGGAGAGACUGACCGAGGAGACAAGAGCUUCAGUUGUGGUCAUCCGGUGUGGGGUCUUGCCUUCGGGCCCAGACCUCCAAAAAGUGGUAAAUCAGCACGCCCGGCUAGGACACCACCAAAAGGGAACAGCCUGCUUCUCGCCACGGGCUUAGAGAACGGGGUGAUCAAAAUCUGGAACGUCUUAUCAGGUGUUGCUGUGUUUGAUCUCCAUGGCCAUGAAGGCGUUGUAAGGGACCUGGUCUUUCCUCAGAACGGGACGCUCACUCUCAUAUCAUCUUCUCGGGACAAGACGUUAAGGAUUUGGGACCUGGCUCAUAAAGGUAAAAAGGUGCAGGUGCUGUCCGGCCACAAAGACUGGAUCAGCUGCUGCAGCGUAUCCUCAGACUGUAGUAUGAUCGCGUCUGUCGGCAGAUUUGACAGAAUGGUGUGUCUGUGGAGUCUGCGGUCAUAUACAUUCAUGAGGAACCUGACAGGGGGACCCCAUAAGACCUUGCACCUCCUCUCGUCCUGCGAGUUCUCACCCGACGGGGCUCUGCUCGCCACUGCAGCUUUUAGUGGCUCAAGCUGGUGGAUCGACCUCUGGGACCCGUACACGGCAGAGAAGCUGGCCACUCUGGUCGACUACUUUGAAGAUUACGGGCAGAACCAAAUCUCAUCAAUACAGUUCUCUCCCAACGGUUUGUACCUGGCGAUCGUGACUGAUGACAGAGCUCUUCGGAUCUGGGAGCCAGGAAAGAAAGGGAUGGUGAUGCAGACCAAAGCGGACCGCGACUCUAAUGGACUCUGCUGCAAGUACCAUCCACAAGGGGGAGUGGUCGCCACAGGAACCAGAGACGGCCAUGUGAGGUUCUGGAGGGCUCCCAGGACGGUGCCCAGCCUGUGCCACCUGUGCCGGUCCAUCCUGCGCCACUCAGUCUCCACGCACCAGAUGGAGCCGCUGCCCCUCCCCAAGAGGAUCCUCGAGUACCUCACCUACAGAAACAUCCCAGAACGCCUCAACACCUGCUGCUCCUCAGAUGAAGAGGAGUGGGAGGGUUAAAUAGGAAAUGCUAACACGAUGCAACUACUGACAUUUACAGCGAGUGACUGCUAUGCAUUUUCUCAUAAUAAAAAUAUUUUUGUUUGCUGAUUGAGAUGCUUUCAUUUAGCACAGGAAGCAUCUCAGUAUAAUCUACUUUAGAUUCAUUCCAACAUUAAGGAUUUCAUUUAUUGCACUAUUGGAAAAUGAUGCAUAACUCUUUGUUCACAUGCUUGACUUGAAUACCCCAAUUUUAUACACUUAAUUUAUUAUGUAAAUAAAAUGUAUGGAUUUAUAAUUCCUGUUUUCAUCCUCACAUGCACUACUACUGUAUCAGCACAUGAAUUGUUAUGUAAUUAAUGACAGAAACUGGACUUACUUAUAAAAUAGUUUUAUUAAACAGAUUUAAGCACAAGUACAUGUCCCAGAUGUUUUCUUCCACAGAUGUAUAUGGUGUUAUUUCACAUAUUCCUUUAAUAUGUUUUACCUCAUUGCAUAUUUUAAGUGCCCUUACGACAUGUCUUUUCUUUUUUUUUGGUACUGGAGUUACAAACAACUGCCUUCCUUUUUGCUCAGUUUGCACGCAGAAGUGAAUGAUUCAGAUAGCUGCGAGCAUUCGUGUCUGCACUGUACAUCAACUCUGUGGAGCAGUGGUGGGCAAUCACACUUGAGGGCAUCUGUUUCUCUCUCUAAACAAACAAACUCAAGUCAUUCCACAGACUUCUCAUCAGUAA